AGGCUGCUUUACCAAGAUGGCGGCUCCUUUGGUGUUGGUAGUGCUUGUAGCUGUGACUAUUCGGGCUAUUUUGUUCCGUUCUAGCCUGGUAGGGUUUAUUUCUGAACGGGUGGAGGUGGUAUCCCCGCUGAGCUCAUGGAAAAGGGUGGUCGAAGGAAUGUCCCUUUUGGACCUUGGAGUGUCCCCUUACUCUGGAGAUGUCUUUCACGAGACGCCGCUUAUUAUAUAUCUCUUCCAUUUCCUCGUGGACUAUGUGGAAAUUGUGUUCAUGAUAACGGACGCCCUGACGGCUGUGGCGCUUUACCUGGCAGUUCAAGAAUACAACAAAGUAACGUUUAAACGGCAGAAACUUUACUUGGAGCUUAAUAAGUAUGCACCGGGCUGUCAUGAUCUCCUGAGGGUCCCGACACAGAUGUACUAUGUCCCUCUGAAGGUAGCGCUCUUCUACCUGCUGAAUCCUUACACGGUUCUGUCUUGUGUGGCCAAAUCCACUUGCGCCAUUAACAACACGGUCAUUGCGCUGUUCAUACUGGCGACUGUCAAAGGAAGCCCUCUGCUGAGUGCGGUGUUCCUGGCGCUGGCGACCUACCAGUCUCUCUACCCAGUCACUUUAUUCGCACCGGCUCUACUCUUCCUUCUUCAGAGGGAGUUUAUCCCCGUGAAGCUGAAGAGCUCCGCUUUCUGGCUCUACACGUGUCAGUAUUCCUCCUUGUACAUCGGCUCUUUGACCAUCCUGAUCUGUCACUCCUUCUUCUUGCUGAACUCCUGGGACUUCAUUUAUUCCAUAUACGGCUUCAUACUUUCUGUCCCAGAUUUGACACCAAACAUUGGCCUCUUCUGGUAUUUCUUCGCCGAGAUGUUCGAGCACUUCAGUCUGUUCUUCGUCUGCGUGUUCCAGAUCAAUGUAUUUUUCUACACUGUGCCUCUCACCAUCAAGCUCAGGGAACAUCCCAUCUUCCUGAUGUUUAUCCAGCUCGCCAUCAUUUCUAUAUUCAAGUCCUACCCCACAGUGGGCGACGUGGCUUUAUAUAUGGCUCUCCUGCCCAUGUGGUCUCACCUUUCUAGGUUCCUGCGCAAUCUCUUCAUCGUGUCGUGCAUGUUGAUCGUGUGCUCGCUCCUCUUUCCGGUCCUGUGGCAUUUGUGGAUCUACGCAGGCAGCGCCAAUUCCAAUUUCUUCUACGCCAUCACUCUCUCGUUUAAUGUAGGACAGAUCCUGCUGGUUUCUGAUUAUUUCUAUGCGUUCCUGCGGAGGGAAUAUCAUCUCCAUCAUGGCCUCUACUUAACUAAGCGCGAUGGAACCGAAGCCACGCUGAUCUUGAAGUAAACCUGCGGCGGACACAAGGAAGCAAGUUCUACAGGAGAGACGUGACGUGGGGGGCAGGAUCCCCCCCAAACUAUGCAGGGAGACCGUUCCGUUUCAACUCAGCCCGUCCCUCUAAGGUCCCUAAACGGACGCUUCAAAGACGAUUGCAUUCAGACUCUUUAAAGUUGAUGGUUUUCAAAGAAAUAAGUUAAGUGAGAUUGUUCGUGUCCCGCUCCCUUCCGCCCCACACGCUGCAGUAUUAUCCUCCGCUGUGGGUGCCUCAUUGCUUGCAAGGACGGAUGGAAGGAGAGAUUUCAGUUCAAGCCCCAAAUAUUUACAAAGAUGGUAUUUAAAGAGAAGUAAAAUGGUGUUUACUUUGCUAAUGCCGAAAGCCUUGCCGGUAAGUAACGUUACUUUCAUUUCUUCAGCGUUCUAAACCAUCUGGUACUGGAAAUGCUUUUUUUUUUUUUUACAGGUUUGAAUAUUUCACGAUGAGUUUGCACACAAAACAUUUUACAUGUGAUUUAUUCAUUGGCCGGUGCCUGUAUUUAUAGUUUAUUUAUACUAUGCUGCUAUAGCCAUGGCAGAUGGACGGCUUUCAGCUCUCCUGCUGUCAUGCGACUAUCACUCCUAUCAUGCUCUCCUAACAUGCGGCAGGUUGGCCACUUCUGGCGUCUGUACGAUGGAGUACUGUGUACUAUUCUGUUACUUUAUACAGACGGUGCACACUGUCAGUACGGUUCGCGUGUACACGUGCUAUCGCCGUCCCCUCUGAGUGUUUGUAUGUAUCAUGAAACCAAAUCAUUGAUGUGAGAAAUACGUGUGUUUUGGGCAGAGAUUCAGAAGAUCUGUCUGAUGUCUGCACCGGCUGUAACUCACAUCACGCUCGGACUUCUGUU